CUUUCUGAGAUGACGGUCAGUCGCACAUCGAAGUCGCGAGAGAUAAGAUACAUUAUAACCUUGACUUUGAAAAUCUAAACAUGUUGAGAACCGUGGUUUUCCUUGCCAUGCUUGGCUUGACUUGCGCAGCUGUGGCUAGAGGAUUUCUUCCGGCGAAACCUAGAGAAUUAGCGCACAAAGAGGGGUGCUAUAUACAAGAGAUUGGCGAUGUAGUGCCUUUUGGAACUGUCCUGACAGGGCCCCAGUGUGUGAGGAUCACAUGUGGAAGAAUGAUCGAUUAUGCCUCAUGUGGCCUGAUCAUGACUGAUGACCCCAAAUGCUACGUCACAAAGGGAGACUACUCCAAGCAGUACCCUGACUGUUGUCCAGAGAUAGAGUGUGAAAAUGACAAUUACGUUUAAUUUUAUAACUAGUUUAAGAAUAUCUAGAUCUGAUAAUUUAAUUCAAAAUUUCUUAUUACGAAGUUUAAAAACUGAAUUAACAUUUUGUUAUUUUCGGCUCUUAUUUUAAUUUCUCACAUUUCAAUGAAAAAAGUGGUUUUAAAAAUGUCAAUUUAAAUAUUCAUAAACAAACAUCAACGUUGUUUAUGUUCAGUAAAAACCCAUAGUUACGCUUCCAAUUCUCAGCCACAGAUUACAUAAACCUUGUGUUUGAAAAAACCUAUACAGUAUGUAAACAAAUUGUGGGUUUUUCAUCGCCUACACAUCUUUGUCAUCGUAACAAUAGUUUUCUCACGAAGUAAUUAUUACGUAAGUUAAAAAAAUGUCAUAUUUUUUCUAUGAAUAUUUUUUAAAUGCUUGCAUUUAUUAUGUCUGCCCACCGACUUGUAGUGAAAAAGUACAAACUUUUGCAGACAAGUUCCGUAAGUAAAUUAUAAUUUAAAAAAACCUAGUCUAGAUGUAAAUAUUGAGGUAACUAUUUACUAGUCUAAAAUAAAUGGGAAUGAAUGGGAAUGAAUGGGAAUGAAUGGGAAUGAAUGAACGUUUUUGGCUGUCGAUGACAUUUUGGUGUCUAUAUUAAAUAGAUAUUUGAAUGUUUCACCGGCGUUAUGAUUGUGUAAAUUAUCAAAAUGUGAUUUCUUAGUGAAGUUUAAUUUGUAAAUUGAAAAUUGAUUAUAAGGUUGUGUUAAAAGAGUGCAAGAUUUUCUUUAAAAACACGUUGGUUUACACUUAAAAUAGAAUAUCAUUCGUUCUUUUCUAUAUUUUAUUACUUUCUAUUUUUAUAUAAAAGUAUAUUUCAACAUGGACAUUACAAAUUAAUUGAUUUGGAAAUUACCAAUUACGUGUAAUAUAUUUGUAUGUUAUGAAUUAUGCAAAUAAUCUAAGUACGUUACGUAAAUGUUUGAAGAGCCCAAAACAAAUAUAUAUACAGGUUAGAUGAUGAUUAUUCAUUCUUUACAAGUAAAUAUUAAAAAAAUUUAAUGUCUCAUCAAUUUUCUUCCAAUUUCUGUUUAAUGUAAAGUGCAAUGAUUGUAACUAUUUAAAAUAAUUAUAAGUGCUAAUUAUGUGUUAGAAGCUCCGUAGUAUGGAUAGAGUUCCUUAUUAAGGGUCGAGUGAGACUCUAGAAGCUAUCUUGCCACCAAAUUGUUGAAUAAUGUUAUUUAUAAUUUGUAAAAUGAAAAUUUUAAAUAUAAGAUGAAUACAUUA